AUGGCAAAACAAAAGCUAAAGAGAGAGGCAUCCCCGAUGCCACAACCCUCACACAAGAAGGCCAAGAAACACACGAAAGCGUGGUUCAAAGAAAAGCUUGACAACAUGGAAUACUCCGACCUUGCCUGCACAAUGUCCGACGCAAUAACCUACUGGGGAAUUAUCCUGAGAUACACAAGCGAUGCCCAAAUUAAACUGGACUUCGAGAAAGCAAUCUGGACACGGAACAACCUCGACAGCAGACCCACAUAUGUCAUUGAUGCAUUCGAGGAACCUACACAGGAAGUGGUAAACGGAUAUUGUAAGGGAACCUAA